GAUGUCAAUGUCUCAGACUCUGGCCUCACCAGUGAACACUGGAAGUGUAUUGUCUGCACUGAUGAGCACACUGUCCACACUGGGUCACUUCCUCAUCUGUUUUCUGCACAUCUGUUUUGGGUAGAGGCCUUGUAUCCCAUGGGAAACCAUUUGUUGCUGGUGGUAUGGGAGAAACCCAUCGAAAGAGGAUUUCUGCUCUACCUUCCCUGAACAUUUACUUCUCUGCUGUCACUUCCAGAGCCUCCUGAGAUUCUGCUUUGGCACCUCCAGAAUUUGGCCUCUGCUCAGGAGAAAGAAGCAACUAAGAAAACACAGAAAUAACAAGGAUUAUUCAGUCUGCAAUUUGCAGGCUGUCCAUGGCAACAUUGAAAAUGAGUUCCUUAUUUUCACCAGAUAUUCUUAUAUGAGAAGAUCCAUUUCAAAGAGUGUAAAUAUUUUUUCUUCUGUUGGCCCAGCAUGGCAGGAUUCAAGCGAGGAUAUGAUGGAAAGAUCGCUGGAUUAUAUGAUCUGGAUAAAACCUUGGGCCGAGGCCAUUUCGCAGUGGUGAAACUUGCCAGGCAUGUCUUCACCGGGGAAAAGGUGGCCGUGAAAGUUAUUGACAAGACAAAAUUGGACACACUAGCGACUGGCCAUCUCUUCCAAGAAGUGAGGUGCAUGAAACUGGUGCAGCACCCCAACAUCGUGCGCCUCUAUGAAGUGAUUGACACCCAGACCAAACUGUAUCUCAUUCUGGAACUUGGGGAUGGAGGAGACAUGUUCGAUUACAUAAUGAAACACGAGGAGGGUCUUAAUGAAGACUUGGCCAAGAAGUACUUUGCUCAGAUAGUUCAUGCUAUAUCUUAUUGCCAUAAACUCCAUGUGGUUCACAGGGACUUAAAACCCGAGAAUGUGGUCUUCUUUGAAAAACAAGGUCUUGUGAAGCUGACAGACUUUGGUUUCAGCAACAAAUUUCAGCCAGGGAAGAAGCUCACAACUAGCUGUGGAUCUCUCGCAUAUUCUGCUCCAGAAAUUCUGCUUGGUGACGAGUAUGAUGCCCCCGCAGUAGAUAUAUGGAGUCUGGGAGUGAUCCUUUUCAUGCUGGUGUGCGGGCAGCCUCCCUUUCAAGAGGCCAAUGACAGUGAAACGCUGACCAUGAUUAUGGAUUGUAAAUACACAGUGCCGUCCCAUGUGUCCAAAGAGUGCAAAGACCUGAUUACACGGAUGCUACAGAGAGAUCCCAAGAGAAGGGCCUCUUUAGAGGAGAUUGAAAACCAUCCUUGGCUUCAGGGCGUGGACCCUUCUCCAGCCACCAAGUAUAACAUCCCCCUCGUGUCGUACAAGAACCUCUCGGAGGAGGAGCACAACAGCAUCAUUCAGCGCAUGGUGCUCGGGGACAUCGCGGACCGAGACGCUAUCGUUGAAGCCCUGGAAACCAACAGGUACAACCACAUCACAGCCACGUACUUCCUGCUCGCGGAGCGGAUCCUGAGGGAGAAGCAGGAGAAGGAGAUCCAGACCAGGUCUGCAAGCCCCAGCAACAUCAAAGCCCAGUUUAGGCAGUCAUGGCCAACCAAGAUUGAUGUGCCCCAGGACCUUGAGGAUGACCUCACGGCCACUCCUUUGUCACACACGCCUGUCCCUCAGUCCCCUGCGCGGGCUGCUGACAAUGUCCUCAAUGGCCACAGGGGCAAGGGGCUCUGCGACUCGGCGAGGAAGGACGAGCUCCCCGAGCUGGCGGGCCCGGCGCUGUCCACCGUGCCGCCGGCCAGCUUGAAACCCGCGGCCAGCGGGCGGAAGUGUCUGUUCCGGGUGGAAGAAGACGAAGAGGAAGAUGAGGAGGACAAGAAGCCCAUGUCCCUCUCCACACAAGUAGUGCUGCGCCGGAAGCCGUCUGUGACCAACCGCCUGACCUCGAGGAAGAGCGCCCCUGUCCUGAACCAGAUCUUCGAGGAAGGGGAGUCGGACGACGAGUUCGACAUGGAUGAGAACCUGCCCCCCAAGCUGAGCAGGUUAAAGAUGAACAUCGCUUCCCCGGGGACGGUGCACAAACGCUACCACCGGAGGAAAAGCCAGGGCCGAGGCUCCAGCUGCAGCAGCUCGGAGACCAGCGACGACGACUCGGAGAGCCGCCGGCGGCUGGAUAAAGACGGCGGCUUCACCUACUCCUGGCACCGCAGGGACAGCAGCGAGGGGCCGCCAGGCAGCGAGGGCGACGGCGGGGGCCAGAGCAAGCCGAGCAACAGCAGCGGCGGGGCGGACAAGGCCAGCCCCAGCGAGAACAACGCGGGCGGGGGCAGCCCCUCGGGGGGCUCGGGGGGCGCCCCGGGUGGCACCUCGGGCAGCACGCGCCGCUGCGCCGGCCCCGCCAACUCCACACAGCUGGCCUCGCGCAGCGCUGGGGAGCUGGUCCAGAGUCUCAAGCUCAUGGGCCUCUGCCUGGGCUCCCAGCUCCACGGGGGCACCAAGUACAUUAUCGACCCACAGCACGGCCUGGCGUCCUCCAGCGUCAAGGUGCAGGAGAAGUCCGCGUGGAAAAUGUGCAUCAGCUCUGCGGGCAGCCCAGGCCAGGCCCCGGCCGUGGGCAGCAUCAAGAUUUUCUCUGACCGCUUGGCGGACAGCGCCGCCGAGUUAGAACGGAUAAAGAGCAAGAACCUGAAAAAUAACGUGCUCCAGCUACCUCUGUGCGAAAAGACCAUCUCGGUGAACAUCCAGCGGAACCCUAAGGAGGGGCUGCUGUGCGCCUCCAGCCAGGCCAGCUGCUGCCAUGUCAUCUGACUGCGGCGCCCGGGCCUCCUGCUCGGCGGGAAGCCGGCUCCCUCCUCGCUCCUCAGUUUGCUCUUUCCCGGCGGGCACUCUCCUCUGGUCCAUCUGUGCGCCUGGUGAUGACAGUGCAUGGUCCUUGUGCAUGCUGCUGCUAGACACCGCUCUCCUUUUCCAGCCGAGAAGGCUGUUUUGUCACUUUUACAUUCAUACUUUUAAUGGGGAUGAUCAGGAUGAAAUUAAAAUGUAUAUUUGGAACCUAAUAUAAAUGGAGCACUUAGAAAUUUCAUGUUCCGCACUUAACCUAGACAGAGAAAAAAUGCUUUUGUUUCCUUGUUGAAAAAUCUAAAUUCCUGUCCUGACCUUCUGUGAUGCGGAAACUCCGUGCGGAGGCACGCUGGUGUCUGAGACAGAACCAAAGCAAUAACGGUGUGAAGCCGACAGGCCCCGAGGCCGCGCGGGCAGAGCCCAGCCAGCGUCUGCGCGACGACUCAAACCCGAUUCCAACAUACCCACACCUUUGUCUUAAGCUAUAGUGUGAAGAAAGUUUGGGGCUCUUAAAAUUUAACUGAAAAAGAUUUUCUUGUUUUGUAAUAGGUGAGAUAUAAAGUACUUAGAUUUAUAAGGCAGCUUCCCCUGUAGUGGUAAAUUACAAGCAGACAAUCUUAUUUUGUAAUGUGAUAAAGUGAACUGAUGAUGUCUUAACUCUACUUAUAGAGUGUAUGUCUGUUUAACAGAACAAAAUGAUGCUCGGUGUGAAUUCCUUCCUGUAGGGCACAGCCCAGCGUUUCCUUUAGAACCAUGUAGAUAGAAGAAACUGGGGGGCCUGACAUGGAAGCAAAGGUGCACACACAGGUGGGCAAAGUCGCAGCCCCAUAAAUUACAAAACAAACAAAAACCCAUAUAUAUAUAUAUAUAUAUAUGAUUUUUCCGAGUUUGGUAAUUAGGUUCUGCCUAUUGUUAUUUCCAUUUUACAUCCUUUAGCUCAAUUAGCUAUGAAAAUUGGCUGAUCAGAAAAUACACACAAAAGGGUAGGAUUCGCACAUACAGCAAACCAAAAUGCACAAAGCCUGCUUCGUUUUUUGGGGGGUAGUGUUUGUUUUUGCUGGAAGUGAUUUUCAUUUUGCCUUCCUGCCAAAACAAUAGUCAAGAACUCUUGCUUUAAACUGUUCCUGUACAAAGACUACUUCUGACCAGAUAAUCAUCUUUCGUGACAUUGUAUCUGUAAGACACACAGUAUAUUGCAGAUUGCUGAUUUCGGAAGGGGCCAGAUGCUAGUUUUUUAUGCUGUGCCCUGGGAGGUCUUAAAAGCCAUGCUUAGCCACAUUGGCAGUAGGAUGUGGCUGGGCCCAGGGCCUUCCCACGCUCGGCCUCCAGUGAUGUCUCUAGGGACAGUCUCCUGGUCCGGACAAUGGUAGAGCACCAAAGGCAGCGUCCACUGGUCAUGGUUUCUCCAAGUAUACACUGAUCUUGCUACUUUAGUAUUCAUAUAUUUUACUCAGAACUCUGAAUUUCACUGUAUACUUACUAAACUAAGUAAAGAUGAUACUUAAAAUACUUUUAUUUUCUAGACCUAGGCUAGGUAUGUUUUAAGCUAUAGCUCUAGUUCAUUGUGAUAUUUAUAAUUGAAAGCUAUGAGAAUAGGUGUGUGGGUGAAGCCAUAGAACACAUUUGCUUGAAAUUCUUGAGCAGGGAUCUUAUAAAGGGCCAGAAAUAAGAUGUGUGGUUCACGUAGACAGUGAGCGUAACAUCUGUAUUAAACGUAGGAGAGAAGUUUAUAAAGGGCAUUGGCAAUAAACUCUUUGUUGCAGCUGUUUUACAAGUAAUGUAAAUACUCUUUCCUGUGAGUAUGUAUAGCCUUGGAAUGGCACCUUUUAACCCAUCUGUGUUGAGUUUUCAAUGGUUUUUUUUUUUUUUAUAUUCAGAUGUAUAUAUGGUGCUCACUUUAGGAUCAGCAGUGUUGACCAUUUAUGCUGCAUAGCUGUAUCAUAGCCUUAUUAGUUGUGUGGUUGGUUGGCCCUCUGGGUACACAGAUGUGAGUCUGAGUGGCGUCCUACUCAUUUGUUCCUCAGUGAAUGACUGUGCAUGUGUUGUAUGUCAUACUAUGUUGUCCCACAAAAGGGAGGGAGCGGAUAACCAUUACAUUAAGAUAAUAUUGGACCAAACUACUUACUUGCUCUAAACAGUUUCUUGUACCCCUUAACCUGUCUUCAGAAGUUGCAUAGAGUUACAGUAGUGUGUAAAUUAAAUAUUGUGGACAAUUAGUCUUGUAUUUUUCUGUAUGUGUGUGUGUAUAUAUAUACAUAUAUGUGUGUGUGUGUAUAUAUAUAUAUAUAUAUAUAAAAUUAUGUACUUCUGGCAAUUCUAUCUGUAUUUAAAGAUGUGACAAUCUUGACACCGAUUUUGAGAAUAGCUGUGAGACUGAAUCAAAUUAAAGGUAUUUCUGCCAAGUAAGAGUUGAUGUGUGUUAAGAGGGUACAGAAUCAUCAGCGGAUUUGGUCAGUUGAUGCUACUGCUGGUUGAUUUCCUCAUUGUGUAAACAUUGACAGGUAUGUGACAAAUGGGAAAAAGUCCAAACAAUAAAGUGGCAUAUUGGUGU